UCAAAAAUCAUUUAUACCAAAUUUUAUUACUAAAAAAAGAUAUUGGUUUUCAUAUAUAUUUUUCUAAAAGAACGGAUACAUACGCGGACCCAUCAGCGGAGAUCAAGAAACUUCGUUGUGUGAAGCAGCUGAAAGGCUGUGAUCGAUGCCACCAGUCACAAUUACUGUGGCCACCGCGUAGCCUCUUGGACACGUGGCCUCCUAUAACUUUACCCUCCUCCCUCCUCGUGACACUUGAAAGCGCCACAUUACUUAUUUAUUUUUUUGUUUUCACACAAAAGUCCUUGCUACUUACCAUUUUCCAACACGUGUCGCCACGUGUAACAUCAUUUCCCUUGGUUACUCAACUUCGGAACCAUGGUUAGGUUAGUCUCAUUCUAGUUUAAGAAAUAAGAACUUAUAUAAAUAGAAUGUGUCUCACGAUACUAUUUAUAUUAUGUUUUUGUCAUUUUUGUCAAUGUAUAGUAUCAUAGUGAUAAAUUCACAGUGAGUAGUGAGUGACUUCGCACUUGUUUUCCUUUCUCUAAUUUCAAGCAUUAACAACAAUGGGUCUCUCAAAUUACCCAUGUGCAGCUGAAGGGGUGAUACCUUUAAUUGUGAUGAACACGGUUAUGUCUGUUGCUAUAUUGAAGAACAUGUUUAGAUCGGUGCUUCAAGCUGUUGGUGCCACCACUUCUUCAGAUACCAGUUCUUCAUAUUACCCAUCAUCGUAUAGUAGCAUGUUUCAAGACACAACAUCAUGCGAAAGUUCGAGUUGUUCUAGGCCAAGAAGUGUGUCCAUAACACACUACAAGUCAUUGUGCCACAACAACAAUAAGAGUGUUAUGGUGGAGUGUUGCGUGUGCCUCACAGGGUUCGAAGCGAAUCAAGAGGUUAGCGAGUUGCCUUGCAAGCAUUUCUUCCACACAAGCUGCUUAGACAAAUGGUUUGAUAACAUGCACACCACUUGCCCUUUGUGCCGUUCAUUCUCCUAGACUACUAAUUAAUAUGAGAAAUACUGGUGGGCAGUAACUUUUGUGAUUUGCAGCCAUCAAAUAGCCAUCAAUGAUGAUUUUAAUGGUGUGAGAUUGGUGUGAGAUUUUAUCCAAUGGCUCACUUUUUCUUGUUGGUUAUAUGCUGGUUAGAAUUUGAUAAAGUUACUUGCCUUUAAACUUUUUUAAUUAAUAUUAGUGUUAUGUCUACUUUCUCAAUUAGGCAACAUGUUUAGCUAGUUAGUUAUGGUUUAAUUAACUAUAGAACUUAUAUACAUAUGUAGUGAGCUCUCUUACUUUUUGUCUGUUUAAUUUGUUGACCCCCUUUUGAAGUAGUGAAGCCUUUUUUUAAUGUAUUUUCGGUUUCUAUUUCGAAACACAAAGAUCACGCUGCUUUGUUGCU